GUCUUGUGCUCACAAUGGGGAUGAAGAGUAGGGGAAACGUCAACCGGGGAGGCAGCGCCGCGCCCGGGCGAGCCGGAGAGCGCGCAGCUGCUGCGGAGCGGGUCGGACGCAGAAGCGGAGAGCAGCCGGAGGGCGCCCCGCCCCAACCAAGGUGCGGGGGGCCCCCGCGAACACCGAGGCCUCCGCCCGUCACCUCUGCCUGUCACCUCGGGCCGCCACCACCACCACCACCGUCUCCUCCCCUUGCUCAGGUCCACUCGGUCCCUCCCCUGGGCCGCCCAGAAGCACCAAGGUGGCGGGAGCCUAUAAAAGCCGGACGGUGCGACCCGCGACACACGCGGCGGGACCGCUAGACGGACGACAACUUCGGCUCUGCCCCAAUCGCCGG